UAUUUAGAAAGCUUUGCAGGAGUAUAUCGACAAACUUGCAAGUAGACUAAAUCAAUGUAGAAUUACUUAACGAUAAAGAGUGCAAUGCAUGGGAUAACAUUACCUUCAGAACAUUUUAAUGUCGUCGUUGGAGGUAUUACGGAUUCCCAAAUCCUUUCAAUGACACUCCUGCAACCUUGGAUGUGAAGCGAUAUCCCAUGGAUCCAUCCUUUGAGCUGUCCUCUCACUUGACGCCCAUGGCCUCGACACCACCUCCCCCAUCUGUGUCUCCAACCCCACCCCCACCCAGGUCACCCUCUCCUCCACCACCCACAUCCCCCCCGCCCCCACCUCCUCCCCUUCCCUCAAGCCCUCCGACCCGUCAUGGUGCCCUGCAGCUGCGGAACUUGAACUGGGACCUCAUCCCUAAAGAGAAGGUGGAGGGGCGGCUUAGUGUUUGGACCAGUCCGGACGAGUUUCCCAUCGACCUGAGCUCUCUGAACGAGCUGUUCGGGCAGACGAGGUCUCGCACCCAUAAGAGAGAGUCAGACGCAUGCCACGGUCUCCGAUCACUUGGUUCCCCACCACGAGCCAAACAGGCCAGUCUCUUUAUUGUAUCAAUUCUUGAUGGAAAGCGCAGCAUGAAUGUAGGUAUCUUCCUCCGGCAGUUCAAGAGUGCAGUCAAGGAGAUUGUGGAGGAUAUUAAGCAGGGUUCCAGUCAACGCUACGGAAGUGAGAAGCUCAGUGAACUGUGCAAACUGCUGCCUGAUUCAGAGGAGGAGAGGCGCCUGAGAAGCUACGGAGGGGAUCCAAGUCAGCUGGGGGAGGCAGACCUCUUCAUGCUGCUGUUAGUGGAGUUGCCGAGUUAUCGCUUGCAUCUGGAUGCCAUGAUUCUACAGCAGGAGUUUGACCCCACCUUAACUGCACUGUGUGAAUCAGCACGUUGCUUGGUAACUGCAGCCACAGAGCUUCUGAGGUGUCCAGAGUUGCAUUCCAUCAUCCGGCUGGUACUGAGGGCAGGGAACCACAUGAAUUCCGGCGGGUACGCAGGAAAUGCUGCUGGGUUCCGCAUCGCCUCGCUGCUGAAACUAGCUGACACCAAAGCCAACAAACCAGGAAUGAACCUGCUCCAUUUUGUAGCCAUGGAAGCUACGAGGAAAGACCCCGCCUUGCUCUCCUUUCCCCUGAAGCUGAGACAUGUUGGGCCUGCCUCCAGACUGUCUGUGGAUGGAGUGCAGGAAGAACUGUCUCAGCUGAAGAGUCGAGUAACAGCUCUACGGUCAAGGACUGAAACAGAACAUGAUCUCCUGCUGCAGACGAAACCUUUCUUCCUGAGGGCGAGUGGGAGGCUGGAGGAGGCCGAGGUGGAGGCUGAGGCCUUACUGAAGGCCCAGCAAUCCCUUGUUGACUUCUUCUGCGAGGAUGACGUCACAUUCAAGCUCGAGGAGGCCUGUAACAUCUUCCAUUCCUUCAAUGUUCGCUUUCAGAAAUCUGUCGAGGAGAAUGCUAAAAGGAAGAUACUGGAAGAGAAGAGGGCAUCGAGGAAUGGAGCAGAGAGAGAGAAGGACGGAACUGUGAGGUGGCGUUCCAUCGUCACCUGCUCCGUCCUGGGGGCUGGACUCGGGGGUAGUCACGGAGACGACCUGGAGAGCUCACUGGAGCGCAGUCUCGUCCAUAUUUGGAGCCGUGGCAACAUGAGGAGCCCGGAAGGCAGGCCACGUGCCGUCAGCCCUUUACAAAGCCUGCAGCAGACAAACAUGAAUGAAAAAUUGGAGGCCUCACCCCGUGCCUGCUCACCACAGACAAAACCUCAGUUGUCCCCCGAGCCCACAGACUCUGUCCUGGCAAGGGCUGCCCAGACGCCUCCUCCUGGAGACGAUGUACAGCCGUCCCUGGAGAGUCGACCCAAGUCGACCCAGCUAGUCUCAAACUCACAGACACAGCAAGAAACAGCUUCCUCCAAACCUUCAGAAGGACCAUCUCUGGAAUGGGAGGGUCUGUAUCCACUCUUGGGAGACACAGUCGUUUGUCAUACGCUUGUAAGUGGCCUACGUUCCUACAAAAACCUGGCGCCGACCCUGCCCACUCCAGGAGUGCGGAAAGGGACUAGGACGGGGGGUAUGGGCGAUGCUGACACCUCCAAUGACGACCCUUCUUCUGGCUCUUCUGUUACUGCUUGUGCUAGCCCAUCUUCCAUCCCCAGACUCCAAACCACAUCAGAGACAGCUUUGCCCUGCCGCCUUCCUGUGAAAGUCAAUGUGCGAUCCCCUGCACUUUCAACAAUCAGAAAGGGGACUGACUUUACUGAGCAGACAAAAAAAAGGAAUCCAAUUCACCACAUGUUCAAAAAAGUCAGACUAGAAAAGGAAAAGGUGAAAGUCAAAGAUAAUGAGAAAGUAAAAACGGAAAAGGGGAAAAAACAGGCGAAGGAGGAGGAGAAAGAAAGUGAAAAAGGAAUAGGCAGCGAGAGGGAAAGUGAAAGAGAAGCUGAAAGGGAGACCAAAACAAAAGAAGAGAAAGAAAGAAAGAGAGAGAAGACAAAGAGAGAGAGAAAGCACACAAAGGAGAAAACGAAUGAAGAAUCGAAAGAAAGGGACCAACUGAAUCCCUCGAAUGACAGGGAGAUGGACAAGGAGCUCAAACUGAAUCCCUCGAAUGGCAGGGAGAUGGACAAGGAGCUCCAAGUGAAUCCCUCUAAUGGCAGGGAAAUGGACAAGGAGCUCCAAGUGAAGCCCGAGACGAGAUCCACUCUGCGUGUCUCCAAACAGCUGAACCUCCACCCCGGCUCCUCGGUUCACUCUCUCCCCAACAUCGCUCUCCAGAACUCCACCACGGCCAGAGUCUUACGGUGUGUUGUCAUUGCCGCUGCAGCUGUGAGAAGAGACAGGAACAGCAGGUCUAUGAUUCCAAGGAUCUCAGGGUCAAAGAGGCCUGCGUCUCAGUGCCCCAGUCAUCUGUAGAAGACAAACACCACCUUGUAUAUGCAGACUUUUAUUAGGUGUUUCUCAGAGGAAUGACCAGAUACGUAGUACAUCUCACCUGUGAGAAAGACAAAAGACUCACAGACCUUGCUGUUAGGUCUUAGUAUCGAUGGAAAGUAUAGCACCCUUCAGAAAUACCUGAUUAAAAUAGCAAAAAAUGUUGAAAUUCAUUAAUGUAGCCUAAUUUAUUUAAAUUAUUCAUCAAAUUCAAUGGAUCAAUUCUUGUGGAAUUGUGAUAAAAUAACACUUGUGCACAGAGAAAAGAAAGAAAAUGUUUGUUAAUAUGGAGGUUAUAGUAUGUGAUGGAGAGAGGAUUGUAAGCUGUUUUGAGAAAAGAUUUUCAAAUAUGUUUGUACUUCUGUGUGAGGAAGAGAGUAUAAGGAUUGGAGCAGGUCGGUGUAGGUUUGAAUUGUUCACUUUAGUGCAUGGCCUUCUGUUUAAAUAUAUGUAGAUUUUGUCAUAACUGUCAUUUUGGACGAAAAAAAUAAAAUAA